AUUGUUAUGGUCCACUUCAAUACCGUUCUUUAUGCAAACUGCAUCUUUAGGCGGCUCUCCUGUCUUCCAGUCUUCCCUCUUUCUCGUAGAAGCUGUCUUGCACAUGCUGCUUGUACCAACAUUCUCCACAGUAAUAUGCGUUUCUUUGACGCCGAUUCCCAAGCAACAGCAUUCCCUCGAUCUGCGCGUUGAACCAUUUCUUGUCUGUCACACUACUGAGCGCUUCACCUCCUCCGGCACCAAGCCUCCUGCUAGUGCUUUCACAGCUUUUCAUUGUUAAUAUCGUAAGACCCUCCCAUCCACUUCCAUGGCAACGAAUUCUAUCACUGGUGGUCGAGCAGAGAGUGAGCCUACAAACAAUUCUCAAGGAACUGCAUCGUCUUCAUCUACUUUGUCUACAUCAUCGUCUCGGAGCUUGUUUUCAUGCUGCUUUGGGCGUUCAGUGGAAUCCAAUGUCAGGGCAUCUAAUUCUGCAACCUCUGCUCGACAGGAGGAGCCUGCAAACACUCCUCAAGUAAAGGCACCGUCUUCAUCUUGUUCUACAUUAUCUUCUCGAAGCAUUUUUUCAUGCUGCUUUGGGUGUUCAAAAGAAUCCAAACCCAUGACAUCUGCUUCUACCAACGAUCCUAUUCCAGAAAAUGAGGUAAUGGGUACAUCUGCUUCUACCAAUGAUCUUAUUCCAGAAAAUGAGGUUAUGGGUGCAUCUGCUUCUACAAUUGAUCUAAUACCAGAAAACGAGGUUAUGGGUGCAUCUGCUCCUAAUUUUACCUCUGAUCUAAUACAAGAGAACAAGGUUAAAGCUGAUUCAGAGGGGAUUACACCAUCUGCAUCUACUUCUACCUCUGAUCUUGUACCAGAAAAUCAGCUUAAGGUUGCUCUUCCUGAAAUUGCACCAUCUGCAUCUACUUCUACCCCUGAUCUUGUACCAGAGAAUCAGGUUACGGCUGCUUUUCCUGAAAUCGCACCGUCUGCGUCUACUUCUAACCUUGCUCUUGUAAGAGAAAAUCGGGUUACAGGUGCUUUUCAAGGAAUCGCACCACCCGCAUCUACUUCUACCUCAACACUCAUGCACAAGCCAUGCUACGAUGUUUUCAUCAAUCAUCGUGGACCCGAUUGCAAACACACGCUAGCUAGCAGUAUAUACAAUCUCCUCAAAAAUAUGAAGGUGCCAGCUUUUUUGGAUUCAGAGGAGUUGGAAUAUGGUGAUUUCUUGCCUACGACAUUAGAAGCAGCAAUGCGCAAUGCCUUGCUCCAUAUAGCAAUUUUCUCUAAGACUUAUGCAGACUCAGCCUGGUGUUUGGCAGAGCUCUCAUUUAUGCUAAAAACUGGCGCCAAAAUUGUUCCUGUUUUCUACCAUGUAGAGCCCACCGAUCUUAGAUGGGUAGCUCAAGGGAAAGGAAAAUAUGUUGAUGCAUUUGUGAAGUAUGAAAACAAGGGGAGAUACAGCCCAGAAAAGCUUCAGGAGUGGAAAAAGGCCCUCCAGGAUGUCUCAUUUUACACUGGUGAAAUCGUCAAAUGUGAUGAUGAUGAGAAGAGGCUGUUGAAGAAAAUCGCUAGUUGUGUUUUGAAAGUAAAGGAUAAUGUGCCAUUAGAUGUUGCAAAACACCCAGUCGGUCUCCAAGAAAUAGUACAAGAAUUUGAGAUGAAAAUGCUCCAAUCUGCCGAGGGUGUACAUAUUGUGGGAAUAUGGGGCAUGGGUGGUUCGGGCAAAACCACUCUUGCCAAAGAGUUAUACAACAAAAGAUCCUCAUCCAUAGAGAGGCCUAGUUUUAUUUUUGAUGUUAGGGAUAGUGCAGCCAAGGGCCUGUUGCAGAAUAAGCAGAUUCAACUCCUCAAAGACCUUGGUGUUGAAAAUGUGACAUUUGACAAUACAGAGCAUGGUAAGGCAAUUCUCAAAAGGCAUUUGAGAUAUGUCAAGGUGUUCAUUGUUGUGGAUGAUGUAGAUGGGGUAGACCAGUUGGAUGCUCUGUUGCCAACAUAUGACAGUCUUCUAUGGGGUAGCCUUAUUAUUGUUACAACACGAGAAUAUGAAGUUCUUAGAUCUUGGGGCAUAUCUUCUGUAUACAAAAUGAGACCUCUUGAUCCAGUUUAUGCGGAACAACUUUUUUGUUGGCAUGCCUUCUUACAACCCUCUCCUUUGGAUGGAUUUGAGGAGCUUGUUAAAAAGUUUCUAGAGGCUUGCAACGGAUUACCUCUAUCUCUCAAGGUAUUUGGAGGACAGCUGUAUGGACAGCCCAACAAAGAAUAUUGGGAGUCUCUUUUGCACAAGAUCUGUAGAAUAUUGCCGGAUGAUAUUAAAGAGAAGCUCAGGGUAAGUUAUGAUGCUCUUGAUGAUGAAGAGAAAGAGAUGUUCCUUGACACUGCUUGUUUCUUAAUUGAAGAAGAGAACAGUCUGGCAAUUGAAUUGUGGAAUGGAUCAGGGUGGAGUGGUCUGCACGGUUGGGAAAAGCUGCUGAAUAAGUGUUUGGUUGAACUUGACAAGGACAAUCACAUAAGAAUGCAUGAUCACUUAAGAGAUUUGGGAAGGGAAGUUGCAAAUCAACAUUCACCUUAUCGACUUUGGUUACCACAACAGAUUAUUAAUGUUGAAAAACAAACAGAGGCCGGUAAGACCUAUCAAGUAAUGAUCCCUUCGAGAAGCUCAGACGAGGAACUCAUGCCCAACAGUAGUGGAGGAAAUUGGUCUCUUACACCCUCUUUACACGGGCUAAAGAUCUUUGUGAUUAGAGGAGAUUAUUGUAAUAAAGUUAUGUGUGAAGUAUCAAGGGAGCUGGUCUGGCUUCGCUGGUUCGAAAUUGGGCAGAGAAAUCUCCCCUCAUGGCUUCCAUUGAAAAAUUUGUGGGUUCUAGAACUCUAUGAACAAGAGUGGGGUGCUGAACAUCACUUAGAAGAGCUGUGGGAGAGUGACAACGAUGCUCCUGUGCAGUUAAGAGAGCUGAUUAUUUCUUAUUGUGAAAAAUUUCAAGGAUUUCCAACCUCAAUCGGAUGUCUCAAUAAGCUGAAAAAGAUAGUAAUCACAGAGGGCUUGAAUUUUGUGAAUCUGCCAGAAGAAUUUUGUCAGCUUCAAUCAUUGAAGCACCUGCAAUUAUGUGGCUGUAACGGCCUGUCAUCACUACCCAGCAGUUUCGGCGAUUUGAAAAAUAUGCGGUAUCUAGAUUUGUUCAAUUGCACAAACUUGAGGAGGUUGCCAGUCUCUUUCAAGAACCUGAUGCUCCUGGAACAUCUCGAUUUAAGGAUGUGUGAAAAACUCACGUUCACAUCAGAGGACUUGAACAUUCUGGAAAACAUGACAAAGCUGGAAUUUUUUAGGCUUUCUGGGUGCGAGCAAGUAGAAGAGUUGCCUCGUCACAUCACAAAUCAGGCGUCCUUGAGAGAGCUCUAUUUAGAUGGUAUGAAGAGGUUAAGGGAGCUAGCAAUUGACAUCGGCCAACUCAGUAGGCUGCAAAAGUUGAUGAUAGGGAGUGACUUGUUGACAAGCUUGCCCAACUCUCUUGGAGAUUUGCAAUCCUUGAAGAAUCUUUCAAUUCGUGUUUGUCCGAAACUGGAAUCUCUGCCAACAUCUCUUGGAGAUUUGAGCUCCUUAACUGAUCUUCAAAUUAGUCAGUGUUCUGAGCUGGAAUGUUUGCCGUUUUCUGUGGGGCGUCUUAAUCUAUUAGAGCAUUUGGAAAUAUACGAUUGCCUGAUCAACCAAAUAGAUUUUGCGGUGGCAUCUUUACCUUCUUCUGCAUUCAGCAAGCUGAAUCGAAUAGAGAUAUGGGACACUGAAGUGUACAAGAUUUCAAUUUCUGAUCACUGUUAUCCCUGCCUUGAAAAACUCAUGCUAGUCGAUAAUUAUAAUUUAACAGACAUUGAAGCAUUGCCAACAACAGUCAAGUCAAUAACUUUGUCAUCCUGUGAAAAUCUGAAGAAUAUAAGGGUCAUCUGUGAUCUGGUAAACCUUGAAAGGCUGCUAAUAAAGUGUUGCCCAGAGUUGGUUGAGCUUCCGAGCUUUGCACAAUUGACAUCCCUCACAUCAUUUGACCUAAGAGGAUGCGACCGAGUUGAGAAAAUUGAAGGUUUAGAAUACUGCACAAGAUUGGAAAGCUUGGAAAUAGAAACCCUGGGGGAGCUCCCCGGUAUAAAAAGUUUGGAGGACUUGAAGAAAUUGAAGAAGCUGGCAAUCAGAGAAAACAACGGAUCAGCUAUUGGGAGUUGCAUUCAAACAAUAUAGGUAAUAAUAAUUUCUAGGAAUACAAAAUUCUAAUUGUUUUCCUGCAAUUGUGCAUUUGACUGAAUGUUGUACGCGGGCAGUUCCUGAUGCGGCCUCACUAGUAAAUUCCUUACUUCUUCUCCAAAUCUCGUUGUGGUUGAUUCCAUCUCUAACCAAAAAAUUCAGACCAAGCCAAAAUUGGUGAAGAAGGGUUCCUCCAAUCUCGAUGCCAUUAUGCUCUGUUUAGUUAUAAAUCGUGUUUCUUCACAAAUCUCAUCACUCCGGGUAAAUAUGGAAGGAGUGGAGAUGGAUGAGGGUAGAUGGGUAUGGACAGGUCUCUUUACACAACGUUCCAGGGUUACAAAGAGUUCUCGAUAGGGUACGACGGAGAGUGGGGAGAAGAGGAUGGAGUAGAGAAAGGUUUGGUUGUGAGAGGGCAAGUUAAAAAACCUAGCUGGUGUUUUUCUCAGCUUACUACCGCUUUUACUUCCUUGAUGAGGAUGAAGUGGUGAAGAACAGAGGGAAAGAGCAAAGACUAGUUCAGGCUUCUAAUAUUUCCAAAUAAAUUCAGUUAAUGAUCUUUUAAUUAAACGGAGAGGCUUCCCCGACUGGCAACAAAAGAUUGGUAAACGAUUUGAUUUUUUAGUUAAUUUGACUCCUGCGUCAAGAACUGAGGUAGCAACAAUGCGUGAGAAUGUAACAGAUCGAGGUUUUGAUAGAAUGAAGCCCAACCGUUUUCCCUCCAACGGUGGCUAUUGACCACCUGUUUUCUUUUCUAUAUAUUAUUCAGUUUCGGCUGCUCAUUGUAUGUUUUUAAUACAGAGAUUAAUACAAGAUUCCCCCGCUCUUCAAUGUGGAUGUAGGCAAUUGCCGAACCACUAUAAAUACUGUGUCAUUCUUCUGUGUAUAUUUUUCUUUCUGUAUUUAUCUGUUGUUUUAAUCUUUCGCAAUUCUCUUCACGAGGGAGUGGAAGAAUCGCACAGGAUAGUGGAAGAGUGGUAAAUAAAUUACCGUUGCACUAUAUAAUGCCAGGCUGAAUUUCUUUGACAGCCCCGCGUCCAAAAUAUUAUAACAUGCAGAUAUAAGUUCUAUGCUGAAAGAAUCCUUGCACAAACAAGCUUCCCUGCUUACCGAUAACGCCUCUCGUAAUACCACUUUGUUUCAGCAAAUGCGUUUAGACAGUUUGUGUGAGAAUUGUGAAAUAGACGAGGGUUUUGAUCCCUCCGUCCAUGACAUUAUUCUUGUAAAAUCUCAGUUUUAUUUGGAGUUGGAGAAAUCAGUUAGGGAUUUGAAGAGGUUUUUGUUCCAGAACAAGAUGUUGGUCCUUGGUGUGCAGUGUAUCGGGUGAGGUAAAAAAACUACUUUGGCAGUGGCUCUAUGCAAUGAUGAUGAUAUUGAAGGUAAAAUGUUCUCCUCGAGUUUGUCUGUUUAGCCUUUGCCAGAGAUCCAGUCAAUCUCAAAUUUCUGGUAUUAAGAUUUUGGAUAUUGUUGUUCUGUAUGUGAUUGUGAGAUAAACUAACAAACAAGAAUUUUCAGGGCCAAAAGUAAGUAUAUUUAGGCGAAAAGGUUGUAGGUACUAGAUUUUAUUCAGUGUGUUUUCUUGUACAGCUGAUGGUUUCUCUCUCUCUUUUUGUCAACAAGUUUUUCAAGCUCUCUCUGUCUUCUUGUUAACAAGUUUUUCAAGCUUUGUUUGAUUGUCUUUGCUGAACUUUUCAUCCAAAACGAUUUUGACUGUAGACCAUAAAAUAUAAUAAGUGUGCUUCAACCUAUAGUUUCUAAGAUCUUCUUGUUUCUUUAUGAUUAUCAGGAUAUUUUGAAAUCGUGGUUUUCGUUACUGUUUCAUAGUCUCCAAAGGUGAAAGAACUUACAGAGAUGAUGUGGGAUAGCCUGAGUUUCAGAAUGCAGAAGAUGCACGUAUGCAGCUGCAGAAGCAGCUUCAAUGGCAAUCUAAAUCAAUUCUGGUGGUAUCGGAUGACGUCUGAUCCAGAGUAAAAUUGGAUAAAUUAUUAUUUCAAGGGGCACGGUACAAGACUCUUAUCACAACUAGAGAUAGCUCUAAUAUCCCCAGAAACCACUCCACUCAAUUGUAUAAAUUACCAUUUCUGGGCAAUGAAGAUGCUCUGUCUUUCUUCUGCUUCUGCGCUUUCGGACAGACAUCAACGCCAACUAAUGCAGAUGUAAAUCUAAUUAACGAGAAUGUAAAGGCUUGCCGCUUGCUCUAAAGGUGAUUGGAAGCUGUUUGAAUGGAGAACAUUGUAUGUCCUGGGAAAGUGCAAAGAACAAACUUUCCAAAGGGGAAUUGAUCUCAGAUAUCACAUAGAUGGGUUGCUUAUGAAUACCAGUAUUAGUUUCUUGGAUAACAUAGCCAGAGAAGCUUCUUAGACUUGGGGGCAUUUCCAGAGGACAAGAAAAUCUGUGCUGAUGCACAUUGCACUGUUGCAUAUUUGUGUUUAUGUUCGAAAGCUGGAAUGGCAGGAUGCCUUUGCCAUCUUGUUGGAACUUGCAAGUAGAAAUCUAUUGAACUUACCAGCAAUUCUAGAAACGCCGCAGAAAUCUCUCAUGGAAAUGCUUCCGAGCUCUACUUUUCUCAGCACAAUGUAUUGCGAAAUUUAGCCUUAUCUGUUGGAGGCCAAGGCAUUGCAUUCCAGAGAAAGAGGUUAAUUAUGCCUAGGAAGAAGAAAAUUUUGCCAGAGAAAUGGGAGUUGCUGAAGUAUGGGCCAUCGCUCAAUUUGUGUCCAUUUACACAGGUUCAAUGGACAAUAGCGGGUGGUAUGAGAGUAAUUUUUCAGAGACAGAGGUCCAGGUGAUUCUCUUUGCUGCAAGUGAAUACCGUCUUCUCCCAUUUAUAAAAUCCAUGAAAAUUUUGAAAUUUGUCAUGGUAUCCAAUUACAGUUCAAAAAGGGCCACGAUGGAGGGUCUGGAUGUCUUAUCUUCACUACUCCAACUAGGAAUGUUCGCUUGGAAAGGUUGGUUACGCCCGACCUGCAGAAACAGAGGAAUGCGCUACACAACUUGGAGAAGCUGUCUUUAAGCUUAUGCGAGGGGUUUGGAAGUGCUUCCACAUUCGACUGCACCAAGCUUCAAGAAUUUAACGUGGAUCAUUGCAGCGGUUUGGACUAAAUGCCACAUACUAUCUGUCAAAUGCCCUUAGCUCGGAUGUGGUCUGUUACGAAUUGCCAUCUGGUUCACAAUCUACCAUAUGAUCUGGCAAAUCUUAGCUGUCUUAUAAUGCUAAGGUUAUCGGCGUUACAAGGAUUGAAAGAACUAGGAGCUUCGAUGCAAUAGAGCCCUCACGUCACCAAAAAGGACCUUGGAGCUAUUCUGGUUUAAAAAACGCACUAGGGUAAUGUCUAUCUAGCAUCCAAAAUUUACCAUUGAUUAUAUUUAAUAAUUAGUUGGAAAAUUUUUUUUCUUGUAUUUUAAUUUUUAAUUAUUUAAAAACAGGAUCAAAUGGUAAAUCUGGAUGUUGGAUAGACAAUGGCCUGUUGUAUAUUGGUAACCUCCGUGUUAUACGACAGUAGGGGACAACAGUCACAACACUUCUGUCGAGUCUUGUAGUCAAUCUGUGCCUUCUGUUUGCAUGAAAUGAAAGAUGCAUCUACAAGUA